UCCCACUACGCCUCCCUCCUGCUGCCUCCGAUCGUCCGUCCCCCUCCUGCAGUCAUCUAUGGUGCUGUCUGUGCUCGUGCUGUCCUCCUCCAUCUGCCUUCUUCUCUCAGACCCCGUCUAGAUCUCGUCUCCUCCGCGACUCCGCGGCUACUGUCGCUCCGGCCUCGACCGACGACCGACGGCCAACACCACUCUAUAUACCGCACUUGCAAUCCCCCUCCCUCCACCCCUCCUAACAAAAGCAACUUGUAUCUCUACAUCCGCAUUCAGAGGUAUUUGCUCGACCGACUACAGGCCCUGGUCCCCUCCGACUAGCGUACCCCUGUCAGUCUCCAUCUCAGUGCCCCCUCUCGUAACCAUGUCCACCAACCGGCCAUUCCUGGCCAACUUCCUGGCGGCCUUUCGCGCGCAGUCCACCUACAAGGCCUCAACAGCAGGCUCACAGACUGCCGGCGGUCCCUCCUCUUCACUGUCCUCCUCCCAGAUCUCCCAAAGCGCCCGAGCCAUAGCCACGAAAGCCAGCGGCAAUACUUCCUCCUCGGACGCCUCUCCCUCCACCACAACCCAUCACUACCAUCACCAUUCCACCACCAGCACCUCCUCCUCCCAUUCACGGCCACACUCCCACCACCGAUCCGCCUUGAAUCAGCCCGAGUCCUCCUCCGGGUCCCCGGGACCGACCCAACAGGCGGCCUCUUCCCCGCCCACCCCUGCUGCAUCAAAUCCCAUCCCCAUCACAAACAGCCACGGGCGCCAACGGCGCGGCAGCGACAGCUCCAGUGGCUCGGGUGGGUUCCGCGAUGCGCUGGGUCCGGAGAAGUGGUACAUUGGGGGUCGAACGCCGGGCGGCGAGGAGCGGUUCUACCGUUUGGGGAUGGUGACGAAGGGUGGUGGUCGGUUAGGUGGAAGCGGUAGAGUGGGCAGCAUUGAUCAGCUGAGUCUGUGAUUUUCUGUCUGUCUGCGCGUGCACGUUAUUAUAUCCGGGAACAUGGCGUUAAGGGUGGUAUCAAUUUCUUUCUUCCCUCUGUAAUUGGGUUACUGGGCGUCCAAUUAGGGCAUUGGAUGGCGUUUCUUCUGACUUGAUUGGGAUGGAUGGAAGGAAACAGAAAACGGAUGCUUUUAACUACGACUUUUUAUUUGUUUAUUCUCCGCUCCGCUCACAUGCCAUGUUGGAUUGGUGGAAUUGUACAUGAAGACAAUCCUGUGGCGCGUUUCCUCUUGUCGAUAAAAGAUGAUUGAUUGAUUGACUGGUGAUGAAUGGAUGAUUUUAGAUUUGAGUGUGUUGUUCUAGGAUCC